AUUCACGAUUGAAAUGAGGAUCACACGAAAUUGACUCUUUGACUCACAGACUGCAUGCUCAUCUCUUUCUCAGCCCACCAACGUCGUCAUUGCCGUUAGAUCUGACAGCAAACUGCCCCGCUUGCUUCCAGACCGCCAUCACCCGCACUGAAUCUUGUUUCUUGAUCUGCUGCACAAGUGGCACUGCGAACAUCAUCUCGACAGAAACCGAUAGUCCGCCGACAUCAUGGUCAGCUUUUACGAUCUCAAAGCAGAGAGGCCCAAGGGCGACGCUCUCGACUUCAACGAGCUGAAGGGCAAGGUCGUCCUGAUUGUGAACACCGCUAGCAAGUGCGGCUUCACACCUCAGUUCGAGGAACUCGAAGACUUGAACAAGAAGUACAAGGACCAGGGUUUGCGCAUCAUCGGCUUCCCUUGCAAUCAAUUCGCGAAUCAAGAUCCAGCCGAUGACGAGGGUAUUGGCGCAUUCUGUGUUAAGAACUACGGCGUCUCCUUUGACAUCAUGGCCAAGUCAGAUGUGAACGGCGCCAACACCAACGAGGUUUUCAAGUAUCUCAAGAGCGAGAAGUCUGGCCUCCUUGGCACCCAGGGCAUCAAGUGGAACUUCACCAAGUUCCUGGUCAACAAGGAGGGCAAGGUCGUCGAGCGGUACUCUCCCACUGCCAAGCCAAGCAGCAUCGCGCCUGAAAUUGAGAAGCUGCUGGCUGCUUAAUUUGAGAAUCGGCGGCCGGCCCACGCCAAUCUCAACGCCCAUGUCUUCGGCUCGGACUUGUUCGCCACGAUAUCGCCACACUUUUGCCGCUCGGAGCGCUCGUAUUUCCUGCUCCUGCUGAUGUGCCAAUUGAUAAUUUUUGCUACCGCCAAUGGCAUCGUCGCUACCGGUGGCUGUGCUACGGACCC